AUGCAUAAGCUCGGCAAGAAGACUCGCUCCAGGACCGGCUGUCGCACGUGUCGAAUCCGCAAGGUCAAGUGCGACGAGGAGAAAUUGGCCGUCCCCGGCCAGCCUGAACCGCAAUGCCGGCGUUGCACCGCCGCCCGCAUCCUGUGCGAGUGGAAGGGCGGCCCUAUCCCCCGGCCUUCUGCCAGGAGAAAUGUUUCCGCAUCCACGACCAAGGAAGUAGUACAGAAGACGGAGGGUAAUGCGGGUAGCCCGGCCCAUGGUACGACGGCACGAAAGAGCCCCCCUACGACAACAACGACGACGACGACGCCGCCCCCUCAAUCCCCAAGGAUUCUCACCCUAUCGUCUCCCGGAGGCAAAAGCAGGACCGUGCAAGCGGCCAACUCGCUUGUGCUGACCGGCUUCGACCGCUCGUGCAUCGCCUACCUCCAAGACUCCGCGCUGGUCGUGCUUCUUGGCAAACACUGGCCGUGGUCCGCCAUGUCGUACGCCUACCACAAGAUCGCGGUCCGGGAGCCCAUGGUAAUGAGUAUGUUGUUGGCGAGUACGGCGAGCGAGAUCCGUCGCGCCCAGCUCUACGACAGUGAACAGCCACGGGACGCGGUCGAGACGGUGGCAGAUCUAGGGGGUCGCAUGCAUUACGGACGGGCGCUGGCCGGUCUGCGGGAGGCAUUGCGGCCGGAGGUCGAAAAGUCGUCGGAGCAGCUGGAGGCCAUCUUUAUCACUUUGUGGCUGAUGAUCGACUACGAGAACCGCUUCGGCAGCGGCACCGCGGCCAUCAAUGUGCACAUCCGGGGAAUCGAGAGUUUGCUCUUCAACCAUGUCGUUCCGCUAUUGAAGCCUGCUUCAUCCGCAUCGGCGCUUGGUGCAGAGGGGGGAAGGGCAGGUGCCGGCGCCUUGCCCUGGGGGAAAUCGACGAACGCCGCUGUAGAUAGCACCGAGAGGACAACCAUGUUGCCGACGAAUAGUUUGCCUGGGCUGGCGACCAGCAAACUCCGUCACACAGCGGUACCUCUCUUCCUACUGUGGACGUUGUACUUCUUCACUCCCGGGGCCCUCUUCUGCGGGCCUGCGGCCGCCCGACUCGACGCCGACCUCUUCCGGUUCUUCAUCCAGGACGAAGCCGAACAAAGAGGCCUGAGUCUGGCGGAGCUCUACCGCAUCGGCCGCCAAUCGCCCCGCCGCUUCUGGGGCGACUCGUACCCGACGGCGGCGCAGCUGGACGACAUCGAGAACCAGCCCGCGUUGGUCCUCUACCACCGAAGUCAUGUCUUGCAGUUCAAGAUCACCGAACUCUGGCGCCAAGGCCAGCAGACUUCGGAGGUGUCGUAUCGUCGUCUCGUCGACGAACUCACCUUGGUCCUGGAGCAAAACGACAGCAUCCUCACCACCGCCCUAACCGCCCCAACCUGCGACUUUGCCAGCCGACGCGUCCUGGAAACCAUCUUCUGGGCGACCAUCACCUUCUACGGCACGAUCGUGUACUUCCAUCUCUGCUUCAAGGACACCGUCCCGCCGACGUCGACCACCACCACCCAACAACACACCGCACAGCUACCUCCGCUGGAAAACGCGGUCAACCAGGUAUUAUCUCUCUCUCUCAAACUCCACCGCAGUCGACCCCACCUGAUGGUCCGGAUCAUCUGGCCGCUGUUCAUCGCGGGGAUCGCGACCCCGGACCGCAUCUACCAGGAUUGGGUAUCGAUCCGGCUGCAGGAGCUGGGCCGGUACGGGCUGAACUACAGUCGCGUGAGUCGGCGGUUCGACGAGAUUGUGAUCCAGGGAUGUGACCCGUUCGUUUCAAUUUCUGCUUCUUCCGCCGAUGUCGAUACUCCUGCGGAGGAGGUGCUGGAUGCGGAGGAUCUGGGGCCGGGGCUGGGCCUACCGAUGCGGAUUGGUUGAGUACUACGAUUGUAUGAAGGAAGUCACUCGCAUUGAUGGCCCCCUAAACAAGGUCCAGCCCGGUCGCUGGGCUUCCAUGUUUCGGUCGAUCAAGAAAUAGACACGGGGCUUGACGCAGGCAUGCGACAUGCGGUGGCUUCAGGGAAUGAUUCUAGAAGCUAGUAUUUUCUGGGGGUUUGCUGUGUUCUUGCUUGGCGAUGAUGCAUGAUCGGGGUCAUGAUGCAUAUUUCGCUUGUUUACUUUUACUAAUCGAAACCAGAGAUCCCGUUGCUGGGUUGGGGUUCAUUACCAAGGAUGAUGCGUGCGGGGCACGCUGAAGAGAGGCGAGGCUGUACGCC